UCUCUCCCACAGAAUGACGCCGCCACCAAACACGCCCUUACUCUCUCUCUACUUCAUCACUCUCUCUCUCCUCCUCCUCCCCUCCUCCGCCGCCCAGGAGACCUUCAUCGUCCACGUCUCCCACUCUCACAAGCCCCUCACAUUCUCCACCCAUCGCCACUGGUACUCCAGCAUCCUCCGCUCCCUUCCGCCGCACCCCCGCCCCGCCAGGAUCCUCUACACCUACGACCGCGCCGUGCGAGGCUUCUCCGCGCGUCUCUCCGCCGAUCAGGCCGCCGCAUUGCGCAGCGUACCUGGAAUCGUCUCCGUCGUCCCCGACGCGAUUCGCCAGGUUCACACCACUCGAACCCCCAAAUUUCUAGGUUUAGCCGAUUCGUUCGGUCUGUGGCCGAAUUCCGACUACGCAGAUGACGUAAUCGUCGGCGUUUUGGACACCGGUAUCUGGCCGGAGCGGGAGCUUCUAACGAAAGUCGCCGGAAAAAUCGUGAUCUGCGAUCGCGGCGGCAAUUCGAGAGUGGAUAAAGGAAAAGCCGUCAACGUCGCCGGCGGCGCCGGCAUGAUCAUGGCAAACCUAGACGAUUCCGGCGAAGAGCUCCUCGCCGAUGCGCACUUCAUCCCCGCCACAAUGGUCGGAGCAUCCGCCGGAAACCAAAUCCGAUCCUACGCGAGCUCAGAUCCAAAUCCAACCGCCACAAUCGUCUUCAAAGGAACCGUCAUCAGCAAUUCCCCUUCCGCUCCCCGUGUCGCCUCGUUCUCGAGCCGCGGCCCGAGCUACCGCACCGCCGAGAUCCUGAAGCCGGACGUGAUCGGCCCCGGCGUCGACAUCCUCGCCGCCUGGACCGGCCACGUCGGCCCCACGGGCAUCGAAACCGACGCGAGAAGAGUCGAAUUCAACAUCAUCUCCGGCACGUCGAUGUCGUGCCCCCACGUCAGCGGCCUCGCGGCGCUGCUGAAGAAGGCUUAUCCGUCGUGGUCACCAGCGGCGAUCAAGUCGGCGCUGAUGACCACCGCUUACAAUGUGGAUAACACGGGGAAGAAUCUCACGGACCUCGCCACGGGAGGUGAAUCCAAUGCCUACGUCCACGGGGCGGGCCAUGUCGACCCGAACCGGUCAUUGGAUCCCGGUUUGGUUUACGAUUUGGAAACCACAGAUUAUUUGGGGUUCCUCUGCACAAUUGGAUAUGAUUCGAAGAGGAUUUCCGUGUUUUCGAAAGAUGCUUCUUCUCUGGAUUGUGAUACGUUGGGAUUCAAGAAUCCUGGAAAUUUGAACUACCCUUCGUUUUCGGUUGUUUUCAGCGGCGGCGAGAGCGUGAUCACGUACAAGAGGACGGUGAAGAACGUCGGGAAGGCGGCGGGCGCGGUGUACGAAGUGGGAGUGGCGGCGCCGCCGGGGGUGGAGGUGAGUGUGUCGCCGAGCAAACUGGUGUUCGGUGAGAAUGAGGAGAAGUUAUCGUACGAAGUCACGUUCAAGAGCAGCGCUGAAGCCGUGGAUGGAGCCGGAUUUUCGGUCGUGGAUGGAGAAAGGUCUGCAUUCGGGUGGCUGGAGUGGAGCGACGGCGAUGGCCACCGUGUGAGGAGCCAAAUCGCGGUGCUGUGGAAGGAGAGCAGCGGCGCGGCGGCGGUGGCGGCAAUGUGAAGUUGUUGAUGGGAUUGUUGUGGUCUGUUGUUGUUGUUAAUCUUGUGUGUAAAAUAAGGAUUUAAAAGCAAAGGGAGAGGUUGUUUUCAUGUAGGAUUUGAGAUUCUUGAUCAAGAUUAUGAUUAUUGGAGGUUGUUGUCUGACUUUAUUAAAAAGAAUGUGUUUGUUGCUUUCUCAUAA